AUGAGGACCCUCGUUCUCCUCGCUGCCCUUCUCCUCGUGGCCUUCCAGGCCCGGGCUCAGCGCCUGCAGGAGACAGCUGACCAGGUUCCUGCCUGGGACCAGCCUGAAGCUGAGGACCAAGACCAGCUUCUGGCCGAGGACCAGGACCAGGCUGGGGCCGAGGACCAGGACAUGGCCAUCACCUUCACAGGAGAGGAACGUCUCACUCGGGAAGCUUCAGGACCAUCACGUCAAUUCUGUCACCCCAACCUGGCAGGUAGUGUCUGUGGUGAGGAGACAGGUGUCUCUCAGAAGAUCCCCAUGGGGCCCGCUGUGCCUCAGCCCCCUGUCCCUCCCCACUCUGCCUGA